AUGACGGUACGCGUACCCCCAACAUCGCCGAAUGCCUCGUCAGAAGUAUACACCAUCGACUUCCGCGAGGUCGGACCUGCUCUCGCAAACACGACCAUGUACCUGGAAAACCCCGAAAGCUCGAUGUUUGGGGGUCUAGCUGCUGGGGUUCCUGGGGAGCUGCGCGGUCUUGAAGAAGCUCACAAGAGAUGGGGGACUCUUCCCUGGAAGAACCUUGUGCAGCCCAGUGUCGAGUUAGCCCGUGGAUGGACGGUCCAGACCGAGUUAGCACGCAGAAUUCACAUGAAGGGUUUCAGGCACUUGAUGCUCGACAAUCCAGAUUGGAGCUCUGUCUUUGCGCCAUUGGGCCGCCUCCUGGAGGUAGGCGACACUAUCCGGCGUACCAACCUCUCACGCACCCUCGCGACAAUAGCCGAGGAGGGUGCGGGGGCCCUUUACAAGGGGCCUAUCGCAGAUGCAAUUAUUGCUAAAGUCAGAGCAACCGGAGGAGUCAUGUCUCACAAAGAUUUAGAGAAUUACCAAGUUGAGGUGAAGCCUGCACUUCAGGGCACAUAUCGCGAUCGAAAGAUUUAUACAACGCAUGCACCGACCUCUGGACCCGUACUACUCCACAUGCUGAACCUUAUGGAGCACUAUGAUGAGUUGCUUCCGGAUGGCAGGUCUUUACUCAAUACGCAUCGGUACAUUGAGGCUAUGAAGUUCGGCUUCGCUGCACGCACACGGGUUUGCGAUCUAGCAUUCACCACUGAUACCAAACAGAUAGACGAGAUUCCCACUAAGGAAUAUAGCGAUAUAGUCUUCUCUAAUAUCACAGAUGACCGAACUCAUACACCUGACUAUUAUCACCCGAUAUUUGAUGUGGUUGAGGAUCACGGUACUAGUCAUACAUCGGCGGUGGACAAGAAUGGUAUGGCUGUCGCGGUAACUUCUACUGUCAAUCUUGUGUUUGGAUCCCAGGUCCUUGACCCCAUAACUGGCAUCAUCCUUAACGACGAGAUGGGUGAUUUCUCUACACCUGGGGUCGCGAAUCCAUUCGGUUUAUAUCCAUCACCAUUCAACUACCCCGAGCCUGGGAAACGUCCACUGUCGUCUAUCACUCCAACGAUUAUCGAGCACGAGGACGGCUCAUUUUAUCUCGCCAUCGGCGGUUCUGGCGGUUCUCGGAUAUUUGGAUCGGUCUUCCAAGUAAUUUUGAACUUGGACUGGGGCAUGGAUGUCAGCGCUGCCAUUGAGUACGGGCGCUUACACGAUCAAUUGUUCCCAACCAGUGUCGAUGCGGAUAAUGUGUAUUCUGCGGAGAUCCUGGACGGUCUUCGAGAGAAGGGGCACAAUAUCACUGUGUCGGAUAUCAACCGUGUUGCGGCGGUCAUUCAGGCAGUUGCGCAAACAGAUGGCAUCAUAUAUGCUGCGAGCGAUUCGAGAAAGAAUGGUAUUGCUGCGGGAUAUUGA